AUGGCCUUUCCCGUCGAUCAGCCCCGCAGGGCCCGUCGAUCAUCCAUCUCAGACCACAUCCACCGCGUCUUUAGCAAAUCUAUGGAUAAAAGACAUUCCGACUUUAUUCCCCCAGUUCCAUUUCUUGCCCGUGAAGCUCUCGCACAGGAAGCAGCCGACGGUAAUUCCUAUGCGCAACACUCCCACGAUGAGACCGGCCCCAGCUCGCGCUCUUACUCCUCUCACUCUCGUUUACCCUCCUCCGGUACACCUGGAUCGAGUCUACCAAUCGCAAACGGGGCCUCUAUAGAGGAUGAUACUCCAAUCCAACAAAGGACGCCCGUGCCUAGCCACCCCAAUGGAGAUGGAGACAUUAUCUGCAAAUCUCCAACGUGGGACAAAUCCAAGAAAGAAAAGCGCGUCACACGGCGCUUGGAAGCCGAGAGAAAAGAACUCGAGAAACGGUUGCUAGCACUUGAGGAUGCCCAAUCCAAGGCCGACCUCGGAAUCUAUGAACGAUCCGCUCGCCGUCUGACCAAGAAACAACCGGUGAGCAGCUCAAGCAGAAGCUCCAGUGCGAAUGCAGAGCGUCCGAAAUCGUCAAGUGGGUUUUCCUCGAUAUUCCGGCGAUCACGCCGCAAUUCAAAUUCGAGCGAUGUGGACUUUCCGUCUGCCGAGUUUAGCCAGCUUAGGACGGAUACGAACCCGCCCUCUCUGCCGCUAGCUCUACCGGAAAGGUUUGGAACGGCCAUCACUCGAGAGCUACAGUCCAAGCAUGGUACCGCACUAAAUCUCUCCGCUUCGAAUAAAAUGCCCAACGCGACCCAGCAGGGCCGCUCAUUGCACGCCUCCGCAAAGUCUGAUGAUCUUCGGGAGAACUGGAGGAUGUGGGAAGCCUGGAAAGCAAAAGACAUCCAGUCCAAUCGGUCAGUGUCGGAGCAGAUUCCGAAAGGUAGUCGAUCCAUUGGAAACGCUGCUCGGAACCGCGAGACACUGGCAUCCUCGGACGAUCUAGAUAGGGAGCUGUUUUCCGCAGCUCUGAAGCAUGACAGAAAGAGUGUGCCCGCCACAGAAAAUCCUCUUGAUCGUGUGGCUCAUCAUGGUCAUUCUGUCAGGGCUACUAGCAUGCCAAUGCCGCAGAGCGUGAGCCAGCCCAGUUUCCAUCCACCCGGUUAUCCCAGUUCCCCUACUCAAGUCACCACGACACGUCAGUUACAGGAAAUGACACCCCCGGAAACUCCAGAAGCUUCAGAAAAUGCGCCAAGUCCAUCCAGUGCCAGGUCUUAUCUACCACCCAACCCAGCACAAACAAACUCCGCGGCGAAUCUUGCCAGGAAGAAUCGAGUGGAUCCCUUCCCACGAGCAUACAAAUCGUCUCCCCUCGCGCUGAACCCUGCACACACAGAUGAAUCGACCCAGAAUGACUCCAGUAUUCCCGAAUCACCGACAGCACAGAACCUUGACCAUGCAAGCUCACCCCAGCUCCCCCACUCCCCCACUCAAACUCUUCCCGAGGGUCGAGAGAGAAGCAAAUUGCCGAUUGCGUCGUCGCACACCCCAAAACGAACUGCCAGUCGUUUCAAGGAAAACUUCCAAGAAUCUCCACAGUCGGUCGAACUCCCACAGGUUCCAGUGAAGAGCGAAAGACGGAGCCAAGAGAAUCGGAGAAUGCCAACUACAUCAACCGAGACGCUCGGAGACAUCCCGCCAUGUCCUUUCCAGGUAGCUGUCCGAUCCCCAUUCCAUACAGGAAGUGUUUCACCCGGCGAGAGAAACAGCCGAACAUCCAAGGACCUGUCGGAUGGCACUUACGCUAUUCCUGCGAGAUCUCCCCGCCGAGCUUCUUGCACUUCCACUGAACUCCCAGGGAAUAUCAUUGCCGUUGGAGGACCCGGAGGGCUCAUACCAGGACAUAGCCGUACUUCUUCGCACGCCUCCUCCCACGACGGUCAUUCAAAUUAUGACACUGCCGAUGAAGAUACCCCUGAGUCCCCUGGAUUCAAACGCAAUUCGCUGACUCGCGUGGAUACCAGUCCUUCGAUCUCUGCUGUCGAAUUCCCGGUCGUACAGGAGGCUCCCGUCAGUCCACUCAUUCAACCCAGCAUUCAGCCUAGUCUGCAAUCUGGAGUUCGACCCAGCACCCAGCCAGGCAUUCAACCUAGCAUCCAGCCCAGCGUCCAGUCCAGCAGCCAGUCGGCCUUGCAGCCUAUCCUGCAGCCUGCUGCUCGUCGCGACACUUAUCGCGGCAUACAGUACGGCUCCCAGCCUGGCACUCAGCCCGAAAUUCACCCCAGCAUCCAACCCAGCAGUCAACUGGAUACCCAACCAGGUAGCCAAACCGGCAGCCUCCAAACGCGACCAGGCCCCAUGAGCAUCCUCAAAAGAAAAUCCCAAAAAGAGAAAACAGCCCGCAACCCACAAACCGUCGCUAAGAUCUUUGUGAUCUGCUGCCGCUGCAAGUACUGGCACGACCCACCCUCCGAAGUCUAUGCCCGUCUCGCCUGCCCCGAGCGUCUAGGCUCAGAUCCCAAGCUGGGCAGAUCUCUCUCCAAGAAACAACCCAAUAGCAGUACCCGCAAGCUGACCGGAUCGCGAUCAUUGCCAUUCGGCCAAUUCCCAGCUCCCCAGCCCGAUCUACGACCUGCGCCUCUUCUGCCUCGGAAGGUGACCUGCUGCUGGUGUGGACAUAACAUGAGCCGCUCUUGUUGUGAGGGUUGGACUACUGUUGUUGAGAUGCGUGAGCGCCACCAUUGA